UACAGAUUGAGUUGUGAAGAUGUCUGGUCGCGGCAAGGGAGGCAAAGGGCUGGGGAAAGGGGGCGCCAAGCGGCACCGCAAAGUGCUCCGCGACAACAUCCAGGGCAUCACCAAGCCUGCCAUCCGCCGCCUGGCCCGCCGCGGGGGCGUCAAGCGCAUCUCGGGCUUGAUCUACGAGGAGACCCGCGGGGUGCUCAAGGUCUUCCUCGAGAACGUCAUUCGCGACGCCGUCACCUACACCGAGCACGCCAAGAGGAAGACGGUCACCGCCAUGGACGUAGUUUACGCCCUCAAGCGCCAGGGACGCACCCUCUACGGCUUCGGCGGCUGAGCUCCUCUCCUAUCAACACCCACUCACACAAAAGGCCCUUUUCAGGGCCACCCACGUAUCCGUAGAAGGGCUGUUACUCCUGUUCUUGUACCUUGAUUGUGUAUAUAAUGAAAUGGGUUGACUCCUAAGUUCACCCCUAUAAAAUCUUGUCGGUCUCGAAGGGCUCCCCUCCGGUUUUUCUCUCAUAGACCGACAUGGCAACCCUUCCAAAAUAUAGCACUGUCGGCGAUGCCGCUCAUUCCUGGCCAAAGGAGGUUUUUCCUUUUAUGAACUGGUAGCUUCUUCGAACCCUUUUAUUAAAUUACUUCAUCGGUAACUGAGUAAAGUGGUCUCGGCCGUAAAUUUUAUUUAUUGGAUUGAAUAUGCCGUCUCUCCUUUGGGGCUCGGGA